AUGGACCAUAUUGGCAUCAUGUGUUGGGAAGCAAGUAUAGAAUUGCUUGAAAGAGUAUUCUUUAUUAGAUAUGAGGACUUGAAGAAAGAGCCUUGUUUCCAUACAAAGAGAUUAGCAGAAUUCCUGGGGCUGCCUUUCUCAACAGACAAAGAAGGUGAAAGCCUGGUAAGUAAAUUGGUAGAGCUCUGUAGUUUUAAGAAUCUGAGCAACCUGGAUGUGAAUAAAAUAGGAUCACACUCAGGGUUCGGGUUUCUGGUCAUAGAAAACAAGAUCUUUUUCAGGGAAGGUCAGAUUGAUGAUUCCCAAAACUAUCUUGAAAGUGAAAUGAUGGAUCAUUUGGAUCAAGUUACUGAAGAAAGGUUUAAGAAAUUUCAUUUGACGGCGUUUUCCUCUGAGGAUGAUGAGAAGUCAGACGUGUCUAUAGCCAUGCAAUUUUAG